AUGAUAACGGUGUCAAUUGCUGUUCACUCGUGUGAAAUANAAUGCACUGAACAGUAUCGACAACUUGAGAAGGAACGUAAAAAGACCGAAGCCGAGUUGGCAAGGCAUAAUCUCGGCAAGAAGAUUUCCUCAACGAAUAAUAUGCCUAUUCCAAGACUUGCUCAGGCACCGUCUCGAAUCGACCGAUUAAUUGUCGACUUCUUCAGAGAGCAUGCUCGUGUCGUUACGUUACUCUCGAAAAUGGAGCAGCUUCGUGAAUCUUCUCUACCACGUGCUGUACACAACACACUGCGUGCUCUGAUCGAUUCUGUUAAAGUUCUCCAACAAUGUCGUAUCAAUGAAAGACAAUUAAUUAUUCAACAGUUACGCGGUGAAAUCAUCAGAUACAAUGAUGACCGUGAAGCUCUUGCGUUGGCCACAGCGUUGAAUAGUGUCAGUAAAGCGGUUGUUCGAGCACGAUCGGCGAAUUGGUGUUCGUUGAUGUGGACG